UUCCUAUGUUCGCCUGGACGUUCCCAUCGUCCGGCUCGUGUGUGUGGUCGUGAUAUUAUGUGUCGUUUGAAUGUGCUCCAACGGCAACCCAAAGGUGGGAAAGCGCGUGGUGCAACUCGAGUCUCCUUCCCAUCAAUAUGCUUGACCCUCUAACCGCCCUCGGCCUUGCGGGCAACGUGAUACAAAUUGCCGAUGUUACCUGGAAGCUGGUCUCUGGAGCACGCGAAUUGCACACUUCAGGAUCACUGUCUGCGCUAACAGCCAUAAAGACGGACGCAGAGACUGUCUAUGAUCAGGCUGUCGCCAUCAGAACCCUCCUCCAGCCCACGAUCGGUUGCCUGACGAAGGACGAGGCCGCUCUCCACUCUCUGUCUAGCCACAUCGAGUCGACCUCUGAAGACCUGCUUGUUUGCGUAACGCUCAAUGAACAACAAACAUCAAUAUGGAGUAACAUCAAAGGCGCUGCGAAGGCAAUCAAAAAUAAGAGAAAGAUCGCCGAGCUGGCUGGGCGAUUGGAGCGCCUUCAAAACCAACUUGGUCUCCGAAUACUUGUCGCCUUAAGAGCGAGUCUGAGCGAGCAAUCCAAUGAGCUGCAAGACCAAUACGGGUUGAUCCACGACGAUGUCAAACAUAUCAUACAGGUCCUGGAAGAUACUCGGAGGAAAGCAGCGGAUGUCAAUAUUGAUGGCCUGGUUGGUGGCUUAGUGCGCCAGAAAUUUGCGGCCGCUACCGCACUGAACGCUCGAACGCAAGAAUCCAGCGAUGAUAACUCUCAACCCUUACAAGGUCAGGAAUUAUUACCCCAGACCGGGCCGCCAAAAACGGAUUCAGGGAAGAAACUCGCCUUACUACGACUUCUUCGCUACCGACAUAUGCAAGAUCGUCGGGAUGAAAUCGAGAAUGCACAUCGGAAGACCUUUGAAUGGAUAUUUCAAGAUGAUGCCGCCGAAUCAACUCCUUGGGCCAGCUUGUUACGCUGGCUUCGCUCCGACAACACAACUCUACCGUACUGGAUCAACGGAAAAGCAGGUUCAGGGAAGUCGACGCUGAUGAAAUUCGUUGUCGAAGAUCCCCGAACCCGGAUGGCCCUAUCAAGUGGGAGCGGUUCCGACGAAUUCACCAUAGCUUCUUGCUUCUUCUGGAAUCUGGGCACAAUGAUGCAGAAGUCACAUCAAGGCUUGCUUCAGAGUUUACUAUACACCGUUCUUGACAAACAUCCAAGCGCGAUCCCGCUUGUUUUUGCCGAUAUCUGGGACAGCCUUUGGGACAAGGAAACCGACGAAGACAUGCCGCAUCUGACUCUUGUUGAGGUCAAGCGCGCUUUCUCGACCCUUGUGAGCCUGGAUCUGCCUUUCAGGAUGUGCUUUUUUGUUGACGGUAUUGACGAAUACGAUGGCGACCACGUUGACAUCUGCUCGUUUCUAAUGUCCACUUGUUCGGCGCGAGUCAAAUUGGUCCUCUCAAGUCGACCGAUUAAUGCCUGCAUCGAAGCAUUCCGGCACUGUCCAUCUUUGCGGCUCGAGGACCUCACCUAUCCGGACAUCAAGCAAUUUGUCGAUGAUCGGCUGGCGCGGCAUGAAAAGAUGCAGCUUCUCCUGAAGACACAGCCUCUCAAAGCCCCGAUUCUUGUCGAAGAACUUAUUGCAAAGGCCUCUGGUGUCUUUCUCUGGGUUCGAUUGGUCGUCAAGUCGCUGUUAGACGGCCUGCGCAACGAUGACCAAGUUUCAGACCUUCUGGUUAGACUACGACUCAUCCCGCCUGAUCUCGAAAACCUGUACAGGCAUAUGUUGGGCAAAAUGUCACCUCUGUAUCGCGAGCAAGCUGCUCAACUAUUUCAGAUCAUACAAUACGCCCGUGAGCUUUGGGUUAACCGUCCUCUAAAGACAUUGCUCUUGUCGUACGCAGAGUUCGAUUCAGAGCCUUGCCUGCAGGUGCCACUGGGUCCGCUGGAUGCCACAGAGGCUUUGCAACGGUGUCGAACGAUGGAGAAUCGUCUUAGAAGCCGCUGCUGCGGGUUGCUAGAGACGCGAUAUGUGGUCAAAGGCUGCGGCGAGAAUUCAAAUCAGACAUCUCUCAACGACGAAUCAUCGACCAGUGGCAUAGACGAUACUAGGUUCGUUCUCGCAAAUGCAUCUUCUAUUACCGAAGAUGAUCGCGACGCCGUCAACUCCAAUGUGCAGUACCUUCACCGCACUGUCGCAGAGUUUCUGCACAGGAAGGAAGUCUGGGCUAGCCUAGUAGCGAGCGAAGACGUGCUACCUUCGACGUCGAUCACCGCCGCGAUAGGCCGUGCGACCUUGGUAAAGCUGAAGAUAUCACUGAUUUCGGAACAAGACUGCAUGAUUUGGGCAUCGAAUUUGCUCAACUGUUGUAAGACCACGGAAGCCGAGACGAACGAGGCUCAGGUUCAAAUACUUGACGAGCUUGACCGAGUUAUGUGCUAUCACUGGCAUCGGGGUGGAGGCUGGGGACGAAACCAUUGGGCGGCCCUUGUUGAUUGCGACAUUCGCUACCAUCAUAUGUUCGCUCUCGCCGUUCGAUUCGGUCUUGGCAGAUAUGUCGAGGAGAAACUCAAUGACCUCGGACCAGAUCUCAUUCAUUGCGGUGGUAUGCCAUUAUUGCGACAGCUUAUCAAGGUCCGGCAGCCACAGCUCUGCAUGGAAUUCGAUGAGGUUCCAUGCAUGGCGAGCUUGCUCCUUCGCUACGGUGUCGAUCCCAACGAAAUGUAUGACGGUUUCAGCACUUGGCAGUGUGCGAUGUUCACCUAUCGUAAUGAAGCACAGUCGUGGAACAUGAAUGCUUGGAUCAGCCUUUUGAGCCUUUUGGUGAUGAAUGGCGCAGACGUCAACGCCCCCUUCUAUUUUAAGGUGCCAGGAAAUUCUUCUGCGGUCCAGAAAUCAUCUUCAAUGUCACCGUUGCGUGCUGUCCGAGAAGUCCACCGACGUCUAUUGGACCAGGACGUAACAUCGACAGCGACGUCAGAACUAGAAGAUUUGCUUCUGGAAUAUGGCGCGCAGCUUAAUCUAGAUCGUGAUCGAGCUGGCACUGAUGAAAUUCCGUUCCUUUGCCCACCUGACGCCGAAUCAGACGAAGAUGAAGAGCAAGAAGAAAAUAACCCAAUGCCUGCUAGAGACCACUCAUCAAUGACAGCUCCGGUAUGGAAGCUAGCUGCGGCGAUCUUUGCAGAUGAAACAACCGACCAAAGUGAGUACGAGAUUGCGCAGGCCAAGGUCAAAGAAAUACUAUCCAAAAGGAAGCAUCGGCCCACAUCUCGAGAAGGGCAGGGGGGCAACAGAUUCCUACAAGACGCCCUCUCCCAUGUCCAGACCGUCGUGGACGAAAGAGUCAAGGAUCUGCGCUAUCACAUGGGCCAGGGCGACCAGAUCCCAAAAUGGCACUACAUGGCGCAGGGCUACCUACCAAAGAGUGUAAGGUGGUUGCAUUGAUGGCGAGAGUCUCUCAGACUCAUCCUUGCCUGGCGGUUCGUCAACGACUGGGAUCGACUCUGCCUUUUUUCUUUGGCUAUAGCGCAUGGGAUCGAGCCAGGGUUGGAUUGUGCUGAGACCUACUUGGUAUGACUGUAUGAUGCGAGCUAUCUUGAGUAUUUGUGAGUUUCGAGUACAAUGUAUAUGUAUGGACUAUAAAAAU